UUAAACCUUUUAAAGACGAAUACAUUUUAAGCUGCUUGUCGGCAGAUUUACUUUUAGAUUUUUAGUCGCCGUACUGAGCUGAACAGCACUGUGAGCUUUUGCUCUGUCAGAAGUCAUUUUGUCCCAAACGAGCAUCCGUACGACCUGCCGUUAAAUGCUCAGCAUGACCACCGCUGAGCCAUAUGAACCCGUCCAGUACCACUGGUUUUACAACCAGCAGGUGGACUCUAGGGAUUCCUGGCAACCCUUCAGCAUUGAGGACUCACAGCGACUAGAGGAUGCUCACAGUCGAGCUCUGGUUGUCUUCAGUUGGGAGAAGUGAAACAGAAGAAGUGGUGGUGGCUACUGAAGGAAGAAGGUAUGAUGUUCAAUUACAUGAAAGAAAACGCUAUGCUGUGUACUGGGAACAAAAGCCUACAGAGGUCAGACGCUGCUCAUGGUUUUACAAAGGCAGCAAGGACGUGCACUUUUCUCCUUAUACGGAAGAACUCAGUGAUAUCCUCGAGGACGCCUACAUGAUUGCACUUACCCUGAACGAAUGGAAAACAAAUCUGGAGCUUCCGACGGGAGAAAUUGUGAUCCUUCACAAUCCCAAGUUAAUGACACAGCAUCCAAACAGCUGUAAGGACUUCCCUCCUUCCCCGAGUGAACGGGCACAACCCACAACACUAAAGAGAGGAAUUGAGAAUAUUUCAGUAGAGAUACCAGAAGGAGAGCCAGAGAUUGUAGACCACCUUGUUUUCAUGGUUCACGGUAUCGGUCCGGCCUGUGACAUUCGCCUACGAAGCAUUGUUCAUUGUGUAAAUGAGUUUCGUAAUGCCUCCAACGGCCUUAUAAACAGUCAUUUCAGACAGGGUGACAACACAAGCACUGCCGGAAGAGUAGAGUACCUUCCUGUCAACUGGCACAGAGUCUUACAUGGAGAAAGUACAGGAGUCGACAAAGACAUUGAGAGAAUCACACUACCUAGCAUCAGCCGCCUGCGUCAGUUCAGCAAUGACACAGUGCUGGACCUUUUCUUUUACAAUAGCGCUACAUACUGCCAGACCAUUGUAGAUACAGUAGCCUCUGAGAUCAACCGUCUGCACAGCCUCUUCCUGGAGAGACAUCAGCACUUCACAGGAAACGUAUCAUUGGCAGGACACAGUCUAGGUUCAUUGAUCCUUUUUGAUCUCCUGACCAAUCAGGAGACAGAUUCAAGGGCCACUACUCAUGAUGAGAACCAUGACAUUGAGACAUCAUGCCUAUCCUUUGGGAGCCUAGAGGAGGCGCUAAGGGGUCAGGGAUUGGAGGAGCAUCUCGGAGUACUGCAAAGGGAACAACUAGACAUGGAGUCACUGAUGCUCUGCUCAGACAAAGACCUGAAAGACAUUGGAAUACCUCUUGGUCCCCGAAAAAAAAUUAUGAACUGUGUGAAGACAUUGAAGCGCUCCAAAACUGGAAGUGGACAUGCAACCCAUUCACCAGCUCUGGGCAUGAGAAGUACUAAUGAACAUCCCACCACUAGUGCAGUGGAUUAUCAGCAUUUUGAUGUUGGCAUUGGACAGGUAUCCAUCGAUUAUCCUCAGUUAGCAUUUCAUCCUCAGGCAUUUUUUGCCUUAGGCUCACCCAUAGGAAUGUUUUUGACCGUCAGAGGUCUAAAGAGGAUUGACCCAAAUUACAGCUUCCCAACCUGCAAGAGUUUCUACAACAUCUUUCAUCCAUUCGACCCAGUGGCAUAUCGGAUCGAGCCCAUGAUUUUGCCUUCGGAUGUAAACCUACCACCUAUGUUGAUGCCCCAUCACAAAGGCAGAAAAAGAAUGCAUCUUGAGCUUAAAGAGGGUUUGACUCGAGUCAGCUCUGACUUUAUGGGUUCCCUGCGCAUGGUCUGGCAGACCUUUUCUCAGGUGCCUACACCAGCACUUGCAGAGGGUGGGGUCAAUUCAGUGUCCCCUACAGAGGAACCAGAAGCCUCACCAAUGGAACAUGAAGAAGGAAAGAUCACAAAGGUCGGGAUGAUGAAUCGUGGCCGACGCAUUGAUCAUGUCCUUCAGGAGACGCCAAUAGAGAGUUUUAAUGAAUACCUGUUUGCCAUACAGAGCCAUUUGUGCUAUUGGGAAUCAGAAGAUACGGCUCUGUUGGUUCUGAAGGAAAUUUAUAAAAAUUUUCCAGUGGGCUCUCCUCAGUCUUAGAUGUCCUGUCCUCAUUUUUAUAAACCUGUUGUACUUACACAGUUUAAAGUCCAGUCAACCGUAAAUUGAAUACAUAAUUUAACAGUAAACUACUUAAAAAUAUAUAUAUAUUUAAAAUCUGAAUUUCACCUGAACUGUUGCCAAGUAUUUAAGGAUUUUGCACUAAUUUCAAGGCAGGCUUUGAGACACCUGAUACACUAAAUGUCUCUCUGUACACCAAUGGGCAUACUAGAACCUUAUAUAUUCUAAUUUAUUGUGACUUUGGUCAGUGCUUUUCUAAUUUUGAGAUUAUUUCCUUAAUAUUGUAUUCUAAAUGUAGGUGUUUGUGAUGUUUUUAUUAAAAUUAAAUUCUUAACCUAAA